UGAGAAAACUAGAAUUUUACUGAGAAAUGGAAAAAGAGCAAAACUUAUCUGAAGGAAAAAAUAUUGAAAUAACAAUAGACACCAUUCAAAAUGUUAUAAAGAAGACGAAUGUGUCAGUAUCAUUUAUAGUGGAGCAUAAUGGUACCAUCCUAGGAAACAGUGGACCUACGUUCAUUUCAGCAAAUUGCGAGGAUGUGGUUUAUGGGGUUGAUUUCGUCGUUUCUUUGCCAGUUUCUACAAAAGACAAACAGAAUCUUAAUUCAAUUGUGUCUACUCCAGUAUUGAUAAAAGCUAUGCAAAAUGUGGACAGUGAACAUGAUGAGAAGUCCAUUGGUUCAGAGAAAGGCACUAAAAAAAAGUCGGUGUUCACCUCAAAAUCUAUAUCCACUGGUGGAUCAGCAAUGUUAGGAAUUUGUAAUUUUGAUUUACUACCAAUAAUAUUAGGAGAGAAAUGUUAUACAGAGAAGCUGUUACUAGAAACCCCGAAAUUUUUCAUGGAUGAAGCAUUAGUUUCUUGGCAGAAUCUUCCACUUCUGACUGUGACUGCUUCACAGAACAACGUUCCAUUUUUUCAGCCAGAGGAAAGUGUGAAUUUUUUAAACAUUACCGUUGAAAGUAUAUACAAUCUCCCGCAAACAUUCACGGAGAAUUUACAGUAUAAAGUGGGUACAAUAGCGUACAUAGAUAACGAGAUUCCUGAGAACAUCAUAUUCGAAAAUGGAUUAUGGACAAAGUUUCAUGAUGUCGAGAGGACAAAACGAUGGAAUAGCUUAAGAUUUUUGGAAAAUCGAGCUCAACUGUCGAAAUACAAACUAGAUUGCGACUUUAUGGGAGUUAAGAACGAAUUUAAAAAAUGGUUUAAUCUGACGGAUAAGAUAUACGAGGAUCUACCACGAAUAGAAUGGAAUUCUUUAGAGCGAUUUAUCACAUGGACAGCGGGAACUGAAGCUAUGAAAAAUCAUAUUAUAAAGUACAGAUAUUGGCCUUUUCAAAUCAUGAUCACUGAAAAGGGUGUUCCAUCUAAAUUAUCAACGUUACUGUAUCAAUGUUACAUUGAUUUAUCGGAACUCCUUUUCUCAGGAAGGAAAAGUUGCCGAGUCGUAGGGCAAUUAUAUUCCUACAAUCCGAUGGAUAUAUCCGAAAAGGUAGGACUUGAGAAGAAUAUUUUCGAUUUGGAGAAAGGACCAAAGGAAUCGAAAGAAAGAGAGAAAAAAAGCAAAGCGUCAAAGCAUUCACCCUCGGAAACGGCGGAAACAGUGUUCGAACCAAGCGUGGAAUUAAUUUCAGAAAAUGCUGAACCAACAGUAAUAGUGAUUGAAGUUGAACUUUAUAAACCUUUAUUUGUUUCCAAUGUCAUAGAAGAUUUUCAAAGGAUAUAUGACAUGAUUUCCAAACCGGAAAAGAGGACGCGUUAUGUAUACACUAGCGAGCUAGCAGAGAAACAAUUCAUGAAUUGCAUCCAAAAAUUGACUGAAUAUAUAACCGAGUGUUAUCGAGAUUUUCGUGAAGAAAACGAGCAAAGCGAGGAAAGCAAAGAAAAAUAUUGCUUUGAUCCCAGAGAAGACGAAUUAGCGUGUUUCACUCAACACCUUUAUAAAACUGGACAAUAUUUGGCUAUACGUAACACCUUAAGGUCAAAGGUUCCCCUAUUGCUGGAUCAAAAAUUUAAUAUGCCUAGAAACUUCGUGGAUUCCAAUGAAACUCAAAAUUUUAUCGCGUCGAUAUACUCCUAUCUGGUGGAGCAAAUGCACAUAGCGUUGAAUAAAAUUGUGGAAAACCGAUUCACGGAAGACUUGGAUCGCUCUGUAGAUUCAAAGCUAAUGUAUUUUUAUGCUGAAGAGGCUUAUGAACUUGGAGAACUUGACAGAGCUAGAUAUUAUUACACAACGGUAAUAGCGUCGAAUAAAUCUGAUCCUCACUCAUGGACAAAAUAUUCAAUGUUUUUAAAAAAAAUUGGUGACGUAGAACGUGCUAAAGAAUGUUGUUUAGAAGCAAUUUCAUUAGAUAGACAUCAUCCUAUCGGAUUGUUAAUGUACGCGUUGCUGUUGUUUGAAAAUAGAGAAUACAAAGAAGCAGAAACUUUUCUAAGAGCUCUCACUAACUUUUACCCACGAUUUUUUGAAUGCUGGGCUAGUUUGUACAUUUUUUAUAUACGAACUGAAUAUUAUCCAGGAAUAGAUCUAACACUUCGGAUAGCAGAGAAAUGUAUUAAAGACAAGACUAAGCAAAUAAUACUUGAUCAGGAAUCACUUUCAUGGACCAUGGUUCAUUGUCCUCAGGAUAAUGUGUGCAUAUUGAUAGCAACAUUUUUAUUAAAACUUCAUUUUUGUGAGUUUGCAGGAAUUGCAUUAGCACAGGCAAUGUCAAAUUCCAAUCAAUCAACUAGUGUUUUAUACUACAUAGCAGUGGAACAUUAUUUAUCUGGUAGAUUUGAAGAUGCAUUGUCCCAUUUAAAGGAAGCUGAAUGCAAUUAUGGAAUAGAUUUUUCAAUCAGUAGCUUGAUGGGUCAUUGUUACCUAAAACUGGGUGACGACGAAAAAGCUGUAGAAUAUUAUGACUUUGCUUGUAUGUUAUUUGACAGACCUAGGAUGGCUCAUUUAGUGGAAAUCAGACUAGGAUAUCAUCAUUAUAAUGUCAAUGAAUUUGACCGUGCUAAAAGAUUAUUUCUAAAUACAUGUAAAACCUCACCAACUUUGCAUACUUGGCUAGGGGUCGGUAUGAGUUGUUACGAGCUUGGCCAUUUUGAAGAAGCGGAAGUGGCUCUGAUGGAAGCCAAUAUAAUUGAUAAUUGUAAUGCGGACACAUGGGGUUAUUUAUGCUUAUUAAAUAUGACACUUGAAAGGUACGACGAGUUUUCUCAAUGUUACGCAGAAAUGAUCAAGAACAAUCUUAAAAAUAAAAAACUGUGGCUGAGAAUAACAAACUUGAUGAAGGCUUUGGAUUAUACACCACCAGAUUUAGCGACAGGAACCAAUGAUUUUAUCACCAGUCAAAAUGAAGAAGAAUCUCAGGAACAAUUUGAACAGUAAUGGCACUUAAUUGAAGAUAAAUGAAGACAAUUUAAAAAGGCAAAUAGUACUCAAUUAUUGCUUCUUCUUCGCUAAAUAUAUAGCGGUGCAAUUUUCAUAUUUCAGCCAAUAAUUAGCAAGUGAAUAACAAUAUAUUAUAUAAUUAAAAAAAGAAACGUGCAAUAAAUAAUCUUUCAGUAAAAAAAAAGAAAAUGCGUGCAUGCACGCACAUGUAUAAGUAUAUGCAUGUAUGCGUACGAGUGUUUUGGCAUGAUUAGAUUUUGACAACUUCAGUUGCAACAUAGUAUUAUCUCUUUACUAAAAUUAAAUAAAUGUGUAUAUAUAUCGUACCAUUUAGAAUACUGCAAGCGACUGCGGUCUUUCUAAGCCAACAGUCCUCGAGUUAUUGUAAUAUAAAUUUUUUUUUUACAUGCAUAUAUUAAUCUCUGAUAAUAAUUGCUCGUUACAGCCAAUUAUAAAAAUAUUAUUCAAGUGCAAUAUCUGAACAGAUGUUAGUACUCUAUUCUCAUAGAAUUUUACACAAAAUAUUAGAAACAUGAAUCGUGGACUCGUAGACUUCUAAAUGUGUAAAAGUACUAUGCUAAUUAAUUGCAACAUGCUAAUCCUUUGCGGUCUUUUGAUUCUU